UACGUGUCAUCAUGGAUACGAUCUAGCCCACUGUCAAUGGCUUGGCUCAGUAUCGUAUUCAGAUUCUGUGGAGUCCUGGACUACAGACACAGACAUUAGGGCGCUAGUAAUAUAUUUCAAAGUUAAACAAAGUUACAAAAAUAAAUAUCUAAAACUUUACUGUCGCUAAGAACAGUACACAUGCGCGAUUUGGAGCCACCCCUGGCAUUUCUGGGUGCAUUCAGAAGUGCACCGCUUCCUAAGCCGGUUUAUGAGCGCUCUGUAAGCGGGUGAACCAUCGCUCUCUGCAGCUAUUGGCUUUACAAAUUUUAGACUCGCCCGCUUACUGAGCGCGCACAAAGCAACUUGGGAAGCAUUGGCUUCUGGAUGCAGCUAGUGGAGCCCUCGUAGCCCCCAGAGGCUUACUUCGGCCCUGGCUCGGCUCGAUUCUGCUACGCACACACGCAAGCUUCUCACAGAUGUCCCCAUACUCCACCCAUGCGAGAUUUCCUAUCAUAAGGCCACGAGCACGCUGUCGCGAGGUUCAGAUUGUGCUUCGAAGUAGCUCGAAGCAACACGGAACUUGAGUGACGUUCUGCCUGCUGUUCGCAUCGCUUUUUUACUUACGUGGCGAGUACUCAACGUUCAAACAACAUGUGCGGAAUUUUCGCAUAUCUGAAUUACCUGACGCCAAAGACCAGGAAGGAGAUUCUGGAGCUCUUGGUCGGCGGGUUGAAGAGAUUGGAGUAUCGAGGCUACGAUUCGGCAGGUGUCGCCCUUGAUAGCGCCGAUGGCAAGGAUAUCGCGAUUAUUAAGAAGCAGGGAAAAGUCAAGGCUCUCGAGGAAGAAAUCUUUCAGCAUACCGAACUCGACUUCGAAGCGAAGACAUUGAGCCACGUAGGCAUCGCGCACACGCGCUGGGCGACUCACGGUGUGCCCUCGGAAGUGAAUUCCCACCCUCAGCGGUCGGACAAGGAGCACGCGUUUCUGGUGGUGCACAAUGGUAUCGUGACCAACUACAAGGAAGUGAAGACGCUGCUGCAGCAUCGGGGGCACGUCUUCGAAAGCGACACCGACACGGAAGUCAUUGCGAAACUCAUUCACCAUCUCUGGGUCCAACAUCCGGGUUACUCGUUCCGCGAGCUCGUCGAGCAAGUGGUCCAACAAUUGGAAGGCGCAUUUGCUCUCUGCUUCAAGAGCAAGUACUUCCCAGGCGAGUGCGUGGCGACGCGACGAGGAUCGCCUCUGCUCGUCGGUAUUAAAACGAAAACUAGACUGGCCACCGAUCACGUUCCCAUCCUAUAUGGCAAAGAUGAACUUCCACGUGUAAACAAAGAAGGUGAAGCACCGACUAAAGACCAUCGUCCACACGGUCGCACCGCUGAACUUCCGGUGAUGCCUCGCAGCGAUAGCACAUCCGAGUUUCAACCCCUGGAGGACAAAGAAGUCGAGUACUUCUUCGCUUCUGACGCUAGCGCUGUCAUCGAGCACACGAAUCGCGUUAUAUUUUUGGAGGAUGACGAUGUGGCUGCAGUCAAAGAUGGUGCUCUCAGUAUCCACCGUCUUCGUCGAUGCAUGGAUGAUCCCCAUGCUAGGGAGAUUACCACCCUGAAGAUCGAGAUCCAACAGAUCAUGAAGGGCAACUACGAGUACUUUAUGCAGAAAGAAAUCUUCGAACAGCCUGAGUCAGUAGUAAACACGAUGAGAGGGCGUUUGAACUUCCAGGACAACUCUGUCACCUUGGGAGGCAUCAAGGACUACAUUCCCGAGAUCAAAAGGUGCAGACGUCUGAUGCUCAUCGGCUGUGGGACGAGUUAUCAUUCCGCCAUCGCCACCAGGCAGCUCUUGGAAGAACUCACCGAGCUGCCAGUUAUGGUCGAGUUGGCCUCUGAUUUCUUGGACAGAAAUACUCCAGUAUUCAGGGAUGACGUGUGUUUCUUCAUCUCACAGUCAGGCGAGACAGCAGACACGCUGAUGGCCCUGCGCUACUGCAAAGGUCGCGGAGCCCUGAUCGUCGGGAUCACCAACACCGUGGGCAGCAGCAUCUGUCGCGAGUCCCACUGUGGCGUUCACAUAAACGCUGGCCCUGAGAUUGGGGUGGCCAGUACCAAGGCCUACACUUCCCAGUUCAUCUCUCUCGUAAUGUUCGCUCUGGUCAUGAGCGAGGAUAGAAUCUCCCUUGGCACCAGACGCCAGCAGAUCAUUGAAGGAUUGAAGAACUUGGACAAUCUGAUCCGUCAGGUUUUGCAGCUCGACAACAAAGUGAAAGAACUGGCCAAGUCUCUGUUCCAACAUAAGUCUCUAUUGAUUAUGGGCAGAGGAUACAACUUCGCCACAUGUAUGGAAGGCGCUCUGAAAGUUAAAGAGUUGACCUACAUGCAUAGCGAAGGCAUCAUGGCUGGCGAAUUAAAACACGGCCCGUUGGCACUCGUCGACGACUCCAUGCCCGUGAUAAUGAUCGUUAUGAGGGAUCCUGUUUACACGAAAUGCAUGAACGCGUUGCAACAGGUAACCGCGCGCGAUGGCAAACCGAUCCUCAUCUGCGAGGAAGGUGACGAGGAGACCAAAUCGUUCGCGGACAAGGUCCUCGAGGUGCCCAAGACAGUCGAUUGUUUACAAGGAGUUCUCACAGUCAUUCCCAUGCAACUGUUGUCUUUCCAUAUCGCAGUUCUCCGCGGUUGCAACGUUGAUUGUCCCAGAAAUCUGGCGAAAUCGGUCACGACCGAGUAAAGUCUUAUCGACACGGAACGUCGAUGAUUUAUUUCGAGCACAGCAUAUUCAGUGUGUUCAGUUGUUUUACGUGAUAUCGUAGACUUCAUUAAAAACUCAGAGAGCAAUAAAGAGAGUGAAAGGUAGAGAGUGAGAGAUUGAAAAAGAAAGGGGACGAAUUAAAAAAUACGUCAUGAUGUUCUCGCGAUGACGGUGAAUUCGUGAAACUUAUCAUCGACAAAUGCGUUUCAAAGUACUUAGCAAUUAUAGACUCGUAUCUGUAUUAGAGUACGAACGUGAUUCGAAACGAAUGUUCCUUAUGUUCGUACGUGUAUUAUGCAGUUCUUAGAGUUAAUACUUUGCACCAUUUUUAGCAAUUAUAUUUAGUUUUACGAUAAGGGAUUAGUAUUCCGUUAGAGAGCAACGAAGACGUUCCUUGCUCGGAGAGAAUAAAAGAUUUCCCAACGAAUGAUUCCAAUGCAUUUAACGGUUGUUCAUAUUCGUAUUAAUUAAAAGAAACGGGACUGGUGAUGCGACGCUUUUCAAAUUACAAACGUGAUUCUACUUUACGAAGCUGUCGAUAACGCAAUUAUGAGAUUUACAUUAUUGUGGAGAGUGUAUGUGCAAGUGUGUGUGCGCAUGCGAAUGUGUGUAUAUCAUAGAUCGAACGGAGAAUUAGUAAUCGAGAACGGUGGUUUAUUUCUAUGGGUGAUCGUCAUCCUUUUACUUUUAUGAAGUGACGAUUGCAUGCUUUUGAAAACUUGUAUUUUGUACAGUAUUUUAGAGAAACAACCGAAAUUUGAUACUUUCCUUUUACUUUGUUACGAGAAACAGUUGUACUACGAGAUAAGCUAAUAUUGUUACCGAUACGGUAUAAACAUGUUCAAAUUUCAAGAUUAUAUAAACACGAACUUAUAAAGGAAAA